CAAAUGUCUCUCUCUCUCUCUCUAAGAAAUAUGCUUCUUCAACUCUUGUUCCACUGAUCUCACCAUCCAUAUUCUUCUCUGUGCCUUAUGGCCUCCCUCCUUCCAUUCUUUCUCUCUCCUCUGAUUCUUCUCUCUCCUCCAUUGCUGCUUCAAUCUCCUGGUUUUCUUCUACCCCUCACAAAGUUUGAGCCUUAGAGACUCAUUCAUUGUUUUCUGAGAUCGCCGACUAUUCAAAGGUUUGAAGGUAGGGUUUCUGAUCAAUGUCCAGAGAAAUAUUAAUGGAGGGUGCUGAAGAAGAUGAAGAAAGCAGGAAGUUAUUUAGGGAUGAAUGUAAUAAUAAUCUUUGUAAGAAGUGGGUGUUUGCUAGUAAGGCUGGAGAAAAGGUUGGAAAUCGAGGCCUGAGCCGCCGUGGAUUUAAAUAUUCACGGCAGCUUAGGCUCGAAGUUGAUGGUUCUGGUUCCUUUGGAACUGUGCCAUGUAAACCGCAGGAUGCAGAUUAUACAAUUCCUCCCCUCAUUGACGAGGUGGAGGCUUUGAUUUUAGCCAGGGUGCCGAGAUCAGAGUACCGGAAGUUUUGUACCAUAAACAAGCGCUUUUUCGCACUGUUGAAGAGUGGCGAGCUCUACAAGAUCAGGGCCGAACUCGGGAUCAAAGAGCCCUCUGUGUUUGUGUCGCAAUACGGUGAGAAUACAUGGCGGGAAUUUGACAGGCAGUUCAGGUUUUGCAGGAAGCUCCCAAUCCUACCGUCUGAUUCGUGCUUCAUGUCAAGCGAUAGGGAGUCUCUUUGCAUUGGGACUCAUCUGCUGGUAUCCGGCAGAGAGAUAGAGGGUGUUGUCGUUUGGAGGUAUGACAUGGAAGCAAACCAAUGGGGCAGGGGUCCCGGCAUGAUCAGUCCAAGGUGUAUGUUUGCUUCUGCAACAUGUGGAUCCUACGGAUAUGUGGCCGGCGGGAUGGGAUUAGCAAGUGAUUGGAAAGCCAUGGAUUCUGCUGAGAGAUUCAAUCCCAGGACGAAAUCAUGGGAGCCCCUUCCGAAUAUGAAGCGAGAAAGGAUGAGUUGCUCCGGCUGUUUCUUGGACAACAAGUUUUAUGUGAUUGGAGGGAAAGAUUGGCAUGGAAGAGAUCUUUUCUGUGCUGAAGCCUUUGAUGUUGAGAAACACACAUGGGAACUCAUCCCGGACAUGCUAGAAGCUGACUGGACAGCUCUAAGCAACCCGUCUCCGCCUCUUAUUGCAGUGGUGGCCAACCAGCUGUACUCUCUUGAAACUUCCACAAACGAGCUCAAGGUGUAUCUGAAGCAAAGAAAGGCAUGGAAGAAGUUGGGAGUUGUUCCGGUGAGAGCUGAUGCUACUUCUGGAUGGGGCGUGGCAUUUAAGGCGCUCGGGGACGAGCUACUUGUCGUCCAAUCUUCAUCAGAUGCAAAUGCAGGAGGCCCUGCCCUCAUAUACACUUGCUGCCCCGAUCCAUCUGCUGAAGAAUUGCAGUGGCAAGCUCUUGAGCACGGCCACAGCCGCCCUACUCGCUUCAUUGUUAAUUGUUCCGUCAUGGCUGCUUGAAUAUGGUUAACUUAAACCCUAAAAGGUGUGACUUCCACAUAGCUAGCCUCUUGGUGUGGUGUAUAAAAAUAAAAACAUUGGAUCGAACUCUUCUUUGGUGUUAAGGACCUAAGGUAAUAGCUAUGAAUAGUCAUCUAACUCUGAAAAAAUGACUAUGAUUUGACCGGGUUAUUCUAUUCCACCUCUUAGAAGGCUUGCGCGAGUACAAGCCAGUGUGUUUGAUUUUCCACUUGAUUUUCCAGUGUGUUUGUUGUAUUAGUAUUAAUGUGCGUGAGCCUCCCAAGUCCAAACCUUGAGACAUAAAACUUGGCAUAUCAAUGGAGCUUUCUGAGUUUUUCUU